CGGGGGAGAAGGGAAGAUGGUGGCCGCUUCCUCCGCGGGCGGGAGCGGCGGCGGCGGGUCCGGCUGCUCCUGAGGCGGCAGGAGCGGGGCGAGGCUCCGCGACCCUCGGGGCGGCUGCGGGCAGGAUGUGUGUUUAUGGAUUAUCCUGUAAAAGCUGUUAACCAGAGCAUUUAGAGAAUACUGAGUCCAUGUGAGAAUUACUGUGGGAAAAUAUUACAGAAGAGAAGUCUUCUAAGGAAGUACUGGCAUAACCAUGAUAGAAGACAAAGGUCCACGAGUGGCUGACUAUUUUGUAGUGGCAGGGCUCACUGAUACAGAUACUGCAACUCUCCUGGACCAAGAAAUAAGCCGCCAGGAAACAAAGUCAACUGGUCCAAAGGCUCCAAUUACUGACAUUGCUGUGAUCAUUAAAUCAGCUGGUGAAACUGUCCCAGAGGGAUACACCUGUGUCGAAGCUACCCCUACAGCCCUUCAAGCCAACCUAAACUAUGGAAGUCUUAAGAGUCCUGAACUUUUUCUCUGCUACAAGAGAGGCCGUGACAAACCACCUCUUACUGACAUUGGAGUUCUGUAUGAAGGCAAGGAACGUAUCAUUUCAGGCUGUGAGGUGAUUCAGGCUACUCCUUAUGGUCGCUGUGCUAAUGUUAACAAUAGCUCAACGUCUUCUCAGAGGAUCUUCAUCACGUAUCGAAGGGCUCCUCCAAUACGACCUCAAAAUUCAUUGGCAGUGACAGAUAUCUGUGUUAUUGUUACCAGCAAAGGAGAAACCCCUCCUCAUACUUUCUGCAAAGUUGAUAAGAAUUUAAAUUGUGGCAUGUGGGGUUCCAGUGUAUACCUUUGUUAUAAGAAGUCUGUGCCAGCUUCUAACUCCAUAGCGUAUAAAGCUGGUUUAAUUUUCAGAUACCCUCAAGAGAACUAUGAGUCAUUCCCAUUGUCAGAAUCUGUACCUCUCUUCUGCCUUCCUAUGGGAGCUACUAUUGAAUGCUGGGACCCUCAAACCAAAUAUCCACUACCGGUGUUCUCAACAUUUGUACUGACCUGUUCUUCUGCAGAAAAGGUUUAUGGUGCUGCUAUUCAGUUUUAUGAGCCUUAUCCCCAGGAGCUGCUAACAGAAAAGCAACAAUUGCAGCUGGGUCUCUUGACAGCUGUAGAGAGGAAAGUGGUUACUUCCAAGUCCAUCAAUUCUAAUAAAUGUAUCUGCCUUCUCUCACAUUGGCCUUUCUUUGAAGCAUUUCGAAAAUUCCUGAUGUUCAUCUACAAACUGUCUGUCUCUGGACCUCAUCCUCUUCCCAUUGAAAAGCACAUAUCCCAUUUUAUGCACAAUAUACCUUUCCCUUCACCACAAAGGCCAAGAAUUCUCGUGCAGCUUUCUGCCCAUGAUGCAUUAAUAUUGUCUCAGCCAGUUUCUACACCAUUACCACUAAGUGGAGCAGACUUCAGUACUCUACUCAUGAAUCUUGGACCAGAAAACUGUGCCACCCUGCUACUCUUUGUAUUGUUAGAAGGCAAGAUCCUCCUUCAUUCUCUUAGACCAGCUGUAUUGACAGGAGUUGCUGAAGCUGUAGUAGCUAUGAUAUUUCCAUUUCAGUGGCAAUGUCCAUAUAUCCCCCUAUGUCCUUUGUCUCUGGCUACCGUACUCAGUGCACCUGUUCCAUUUAUUGUUGGAGUUGAUUCACGGUAUUUUGAUCUGUAUGAUCCACCACAGGACAUUGUGUGCAUUGACUUAGACACAAACAUGGUGUACAUAUCAGAUGAUAAGAAGAGCACAAACUGGAAGCAGUUUCCUAAGAAGCCAUGUAAAAGUCUGCUCAGCACCUUAAAGAAACUGCACCCACAGCUGGCAGCAGUUCACAAGAAAACGCCAGAAGGCUCAGCAGUGGAGAUGACUCCUAUCGAGGCAGAUUUCUCCUGGCAGAAGAAGAUGACAGAACUUGAGAUGGAGAUCCAGGAAGCUUUUCUACGUUUCAUGGCAUCUAUUUUAAAGGGUUACAGAACGUUCCUCAAACCAAUCACUCAGGCACCUUCAAAUAAAGCAACUGCUGCUGAUUCGUUGUUUGAUCAUCAAGGAUUUUUGAAAAGUAGAGACCGUGCCUAUACGAAGUUCUACACGCAUCUCACCAAAACGCAGAUAUUCAGCAGCUUUAUUGAAGAGUGCAGUUUUGUGAGUGACAAGGAUACUGGCUUGGCAUUUUUUGAUGACUGCAUAGAAAAGCUCUUUCCAGAUAAAGGAACAGAAAAAGGAGACAAGGUUGACGUAGAUUCUGUUGAAGAUGCACGGCUGAUUGAGCUUGAUGAGUCACAAAAAAGUGAACACACAGUGUUUGUAAUGCCGCCAGAACCUCCCCCUGAUGAUGGACAAGACCGAGCACCAAAAUACAGCUACAAAAAUUUUCCACGACUAGAUUUCAAGCUAUUUGACAGGCCUCAGGAACUCAAGCUCUCCUUCAGCAGACACCCAGCUGGAAGCAGCAUUUCAAAUAGUCCAGCACUCAUGGCAAAGAGGACAAAACAGGAAAUAAAAACAGCCCAUAAGUUAGCCAAGAAGUAUUAUGUAAGCCCCCCACAGUGGGCUAAAUGUCUCUACAGUCACAGUUACAGCUUAUGGUUUAUUUGUCUGCCAGCCUACAUCAGAGUUGCACAUCCCAAGGUCAAAGCACUGCAGCAGGCAUAUGAUGUUCUAAUUAAAAUGAGGAAAACUGACGUGGAACCACUAGAUGAGGUGUGCUACAGAGUUGUGAUGCAACUCUGUGGACUGUGGGGUCAGCCUGUUCAGGCCGUGAGAGUCCUCUUUGAAAUGAAAAAUGCUGGAAUACAGCCAAAUGCUAUCACUUACGGCUAUUACAAUAAGGCAGUCUUAGAGUCUCCUUGGCCUAGCAGUAACCGCAGUGGCAUAUUUCUGUGGACAAAGGUACGAAAUGUAGUUCGCGGCACAGCACAAUUUAGGCAGUGCCUAAAGAAAGCAACGCAGAGCCCACGAGUACCUGUGAUAUCAGCUCUGCGGAAUACCACGGGUGGAAGUGAUGGGGACAUGGUGAGCCAUGGUAGCGUGGAUAGUUCUAAUGAUGCUAACAGUGGGGAGCACACUCUCUUCGUCAGUGACUUAGUCAGGCUUGAUUCCAAUGAUAAUCACUCUAGCACAGGUGGUCAGUCAGACCAGGGCUAUGGAUCCAAGGAUGAACUUUUAAAGGAUGACGGAGAUAGUCUUCUUGCAACUGAAACACAAAUGGAGACAGACAUUUCUUCUAAAGCUGAAGAGCUAAUAGAAGAGGUUUGCAUUCAGGAAUCUGAUGAAAAUAAGCAGCUGAAUGUAGAGACUCAUAGUCCAACAGACACACCUUCCUGGGGUAACAGUAUCGUCAAAGUUCCAUCUGGCAUUUUCGAUAGCAGUGGAAGGAAAAACAGUGGUGAAACUGCUUCAAGCCCGCUAUUCAUAACUCAGGAUUCAGUUGAAGAUGUAGUCUUUGGUGAUGUUUCUACAAAGAAAAUGAGUGAAAAAGGACAGAAGAGGCAGAAGCUGUUUUCAGAGAGAAGCUGCAGUUUCAGCAGUGAAAGCAGGGCAGGAAUGCUGCUGAAAAAAGGGAGCUUGGACUUGCAUUCUAAAGAAAUAGCGAUAAUGAUGGGAGCAGAUGCCAAGAUUUUAACAGCAGCUUUAUCUGGAGCAAAAACUUCACCUUGUCAUAUGAAUAAAUCCCACAGUUUUGAUAGUGCUGUUGACCAGCAGAUGUCUGGCAAAGGUGGCUCUUGGAGUCAUGUGACUGAUAGUGAUUGGGAAUUGGAGCACAGAACUUCACCAGUGCUAGAAGAACCUGGGGAAGGGCAGGAGCAUUUUGAGAACGGAAGAGAUGAAAAUGCAUCCAAUGUGGAAGAAGUGAACACUGAACAGUUAGCUGAGUCCAAAAAACAGAAAACAGAAUCCAAAGAUGCAACUCCUAAAAGGAAUAGCUUUUAUGGAGUGGUUAAGCCUAUCGAAAGGGAAGAUGUUGAAGUAGGCUUGGAUCCUUUAUCUUUGCUGGCUACUGACAGCAUCCAACCAAGACUCCCUGAACCAGAGGAAAAGCUGGUGUCACCAGUUGCAGCACGCAAUUUGGCAGAUGAAAUAGAAAGCUAUAUGAAUCUCAAGAACCCACUAGGCAGUAAGUUUCCCAGCAUGGAACUGCACAAGCCAGGUAGGGAAGUAGAAGCCCCUGGUACACCUGGUCACUCCCAGGAGCGGAGGUCAAGCCUGCCUUUGGAUUCCAUACCACCAUCGUCUGAGUCCUAUGAAAAUCGCAGAAGUCCUUCUGUCUCCAGAUCCAAGACAUUUACUGGGCGACCAAAACAACAAAUGCAUCCACGGGUUCAAAAGGAGCGCUCUUCAUCUUUGACAGGACUGGGUCGUUCUUCUCCACAUGGCUCCUUAGGAUCAGUUGUAACGACUUUAUCCAAUCUGAAGUUAGACAAUAUACUGUCUGGACCAAAAAUGGAUGUUCUGAAAUCAGGCAUGAAACAGGCUGCUAAUGUGGCCAGUAAGAUGUGGGGAGUUGUAACUUCGGUGUAUAACUACUCAGAUGAUGAGGAAGAAAACAGUCGACCAGACUUUAACUUCCCUGCUGGUUUUGAAGAUAAUAUUUUAGGGGAUAAUCUGUCAUCAAGAUCUGGAGUCCCAGGACUAAUUGCGAAUGAGCUUGCGCAAAGCACUACUAGUCUUGGCAGCAGCAGCAGCAGUGGAGAUGCAGGAAGACAGCAUUACAGUGCAGGUGAAGCUUCAUUCCCAAGAAGUACAAAAGUUCCAGAUUCUGAGAAGUCGGAGCUCAGCUCUUCUCAUAAUACUAGUUUAUCCAGCAUUUUCCAGAACUAUGCAAUGGAGGUAUUGAUGUCAAGCUGCUCUCAAUGUAGAGCUUGUGGUGCUUUGGUUUAUGACGAAGAAAUCAUGGCUGGAUGGACACCAGAUGAUUCAAACUUGAACACUACCUGUCCUUUUUGUAAAAGUACCUUCCUACCUUUACUUAAUGUUGAAUUUAAAGACCUACGUGGCUCUGCAAGCUUUUUCCUGAAGCAAAGUACCUCAGGAGAUAGUUUACAGAGUGGUAAUACUCCAUUAACCACGGAUCCUCUGGAACAGAAAUUGUUGUCUAGUCCAGCUGUGGCUGACUUGAUCAGUUUUUCUGAUCACCCAGAGUCCAGCCAUGCCAUAGCUGAAGAAACCAGCCCUGCAGCUGAGCAGAGUGAUGUGGCUGAAGAACAGAGCAAAGAUCCCAGAACAAUGAAGACAUCUACCAGUAAUCCACCAAAAAGGGGAGUGUCUUUAACUCGGAGCCACAGUGUUGGAGGUCCACUGCAGAACAUUGAUCUUUCCCAGAGACCAUCUCAUGGCAUUUCAACAGUUAGUCUUCCAAAUAGUUUGCAAGAAGUUGUGGAUCCUUUAAUAAAAAGACCUAACCCUCUCCCUGUAUCUGUACCCUACUUGAGCCCUUUGGUACUGCGUAAGGAGCUUGAAUCACUAUUGGAAAAUGAGGGAGAGCAAGUAAUCCAUACAUCCAAAUUCAUUAAUCAGCAUCCCAUAAUUUUCUGGAACCUAGUUUGGUAUUUCCGACGGUUGGACCUACCUAGCAACUUACCUGGACUCAUUCUAACAUCUGAACAUUGUAAUGAUGGAGUGCAGCUUCCUUUGACAUCUCUUGCUCAAGAUAGCAAGCUAGUAUACAUACAACUUCUGUGGGACAACAUCAACCUCCACCAAGAGCCUGGGGAGCCUCUCUAUAUAUCUUGGAGAAAUCUCAAUUCUUCUGAAAAGAGACUGUCCACAGUGGCAGAAGAUCAGCAGGCAGUGAACACUUUAUUGGAGAACAUCAAACUAAGCAUUCAACACAACAAUGUUGUUAAACCAAUCCACCUCCUUUUACAGAAUGUUAAACCAGAUGUGAAACGACAAAGGAGUUUUUACAGAGAAAUCCUUUUCCUCUCUCUGGUGUCUCUUGGAAGAGAGAACAUUGACAUAGAGGUCUUUGAUAGUGAAUACAGACUUGCACAUAAAAAUCUACCAAAGGAUGAUCUUGAAAAGAUGCAGAAAAUAGAUGCUCCACCAAGCAGCAGAGUUGAGUAUUGUAGGAAGUACUUUGGAGCACCUUUUAUAUAAAAAAGAGGAAAGCACAGAACUAAACUUCUGCAAGACAAAAGUAGGUGAACAAACCAGGAGUAUGGGGAUAUAUAUAUAUAUACAUAUACUUUUGAAUCCUAGAAGGUGAUAACUGAGCAAUUUGUCAGUGAUUUCAUCGAUCUACAGCAUAUAACCUUGUCUUUCAUCUCAUGAGACAGUGUAAAGGAUUUUAAAAUGUUUUUAAAAUACAUUAAUAGGGUGAGUUGGUUUCAAUGAUUUAUCUGCAAUUUCUUUCCUGCAUGUAUUUGUUCUUUUCUUUCCUCAAAUCUUUCCCCAGAAUCUCAAGCUGUUCAGAAAGGCAAUAAUUAAACAGGAGCCUAUAGUUGGUGACUUUCUUAAGGGCCUUCAAUAUUUGUGUAUUUUAAUGUGAAAGACCUUUCCUGCUGCAUAAUGCUUAGGUUCUUUCGGUACUUCAGUACUUCUUUAAAAUGACCUUUUGCAUUGUUGUGCAGUAUAUAUGUAUGAAUGUAAAUAUAUGAGUCCUUGUUUUGGAAAUUGCAAUGAAGUUGCCUUUUUCAGAUCACAGUACCUAAAAUUUCUACCCUUGUCCCACUCAGUAUUCAAAAUGAUCUUUGACUUCACUUUUUCAUAAUGUAUGUCUAUAGUCAUAAAAUCUAUAAACUUGCAUUCAUAUUUCCUAUAUACUCUAUCCUGACAAAUUGAAGAUCCUGUGAACAUAUUGAUGUUUUCUGCAAGAGAAUUAUAGGUUUCUCCAAUUAGCCGCUUGGAAAUGAAUGGCUUUCUACAAGUUACACAGGAAACUUAGACAUUAGUAUUCAGAGAAAGCUUGUCAAACAGAUGCUGUCUGAAAAAAUUAUGCUCUAUACUGUAUGCAUGUAUGCUUUGAAAAUGUAUUUUCCUUGAUCUCUUUAUUGCCCUCCCCCAUGGUUUCAUGCUAGCCUGUGGGUUAAUUGUUUUGCACUGAUUAGUCCAAAUUUAAUAUUUCAAUUAAAACGUAUUUAUAAUUGUGGUCGUCAAGGUGUGACUUCACACAAAUGAAGUGCUUGAAUGAAUGAUCUGAAGAGAUGAUAAAUCCAUCGUUAGCUUGCAUCUUGUAAACUAGAUCCUUUCUCACCUCAUAUUUAGUGUACAACAGUAAUCGUAUCCUUGGCAAGAAGAGCCUGGACACGGGUCUACAGUUUAAAUGUUUCUGUUACUUGAGAAAUAUGACAAGAUUUAUUCCAUUUUUUGUUUUUGCUGAAAUUUAACUGAGUGGCUUUUCUAAUGGAAUGAUUCUUGGAGAAAGAUGAGAAAGAUUGGUAGCAUGGUGAAGGAGCAUAGCUCAAACUAUAAUCCCAUCUGAGUAUGAAUGUAUUUACUUCAUACUAGCCUUUCUUAAAGAUUUUUAUUCUUGAAAAUGAUGAGGGAUGAAAAUCUGUCUGAAACCACUUCCAGCUAAAACAUCAAAAGCAUUUUUUUUAUAACAAUGAAACAAAGGAUUUGCACUAUUUGUGACAAAAUAUGUUUGCAUAAUAGACUGAUUCCUUGCAUUUGUCUAAAAGUGCUGAUCCUAAGUUAAUAUUGGGGAUAUUGCCUGGACAGAUUCUUUCCUGAUGAAAAUAUUGUGCUGUCUCAACAAUUAAAAGCAAAGAACACAAUGACUUCUUUUUUUGUUCUUUAUUCUUUGGGGUUUAUGAACGGUUGCUUGUAGAUAUCAGACCUUUAUCACAAUGGAAGAGUUGAGCCUGAUUCUUCAUACUUAAUCUUCUUCUCCUUUUAUAUAAUUUACAUGCACAGUUAACAUCCUUUUAAACAAAAUGUUUCUCUGAAGCAUUCUUCCUAUUUAAUUCCUCUACAUAGAAAAAGGGGCAAAUUUCACUCUAUAACUGUAUACUGACAUUAAAUGUACAGCCAUACACGAAUAAUUUUGAGUAUUGAAUGGAUAAACAACCAUAUGAUUGUGACUCAGCUUACAAGGAAUGAAGUUUUAGUGAUCCUUAAUUCUCCCAGCUCAUUAAAAAGAAAAAUAUGUCCAGUAAGUCCUGUUCUACAUAACUGGUGAUAUUCAGACUGCUUUUACACCAUGGUAAGUAAUACAGAAAUAAAUAAUAGUAAUAAAGCUUAAUUUUAAAACAACCUUCUUACUUGGUGAUGAAAAUACUGAUUAAUUGGGAAAUAGUAUAGUAGAAACAGGCAGGGUAGAGUGUGUCUACUACAUCUAGUGCUAAAUGUUAGGCUUUACAGUACAUACAUACGGAAACUAGGAAAGAAGACAAUAUUACCUGAGGAAAAAGGAUGCCUGCAUGAUUUCAGGUCAUCUUUGAAGAUGGCUGAACUUGCUUUGAUUUGCUCCUGUGUAUUGAUGUUUCUGUACACUACAAAUUAGUUUCUAUUCCUGUUGUAUGUAACUCAGUUUUACAGUGGUAGAAGUUCUGCAUGGAAUUAUUUGAAAUCAUUAAAUGCCUACUGAUAUUAACUCUUUUAAUAUAGAUGUAAAGGCAAAAGUGGGCACUUAAUAUUUUUAAUUUUGAUUGCUAACGCAUAGUUUUCAAUAGCCUGUUACUCAGCUGGCUCUCAAGUGAAAUCCAUAAUUAAAAUUAAAAAGGAGAAUUCUGAAAAUAUUUAGUUAUCUUGUCUUUAAGAUGAUAAGGAGAUUCUUUUUAAGAAAGCAAAACACCACAAACAAGACACGUUCACAAAAAUUUGAAAGGAAUGGGAACCAACUGUUUACUUGUUAAGUUGCUUUCUGUCCUUGCAAGUACAUGGUGGCAGUUCCUGUUCCUCCAUCUGACUAUUAGGUCUCCUACAACCAGGUGGAGGUUUUCCUAGGUAGAUUUGUGCGAUGCAGACUUCUCUAAUUCAAAUGCUAAAAGCACUAUAAUUGUGCUGAAGAAAAGUGCUUAUCGUGGCUCAAUACCCAUACACUCUAAAAUCUGUUUAAAACUAAAGAGGGGAAAAGUCUCCAAAAGCUUCAUAUGAGUUCAUUUCAAACACUUGUGUUUCUGAACAUGGGGCAGUAAAGGCCUAAGACAUUGUUAUCUGCAGUUAGUAACAGCAUAAACUACUUGGGCUUCAUAGGAAUAAUUUAGUUGCCUACAAAUGUUCCUGUUCCUGGUAAUCCAAAUCUUGGUUAUUCGAAUCCAUAAUGCAUGAAUGAGUUAGACAAGGGUACUGGGGAGGAGGGAGGUGGAUAAACUUGGUCUUGAUUCUGUUUUCCUCUUAAUUGAAGCAGAAAAAGUAGCAUCCUUGCCUCUAAAUAUUCUGUAUAGUCUGACAGCUACUUAGCAGCUAGCACUCAAGCAGAAGAUGGGUUUUUGAACAUGUUUUAUAAACUUGAAGAAAAUGGUCAUAGAUCAAUAUUCCAUUCAAAACCUGUGAUGUUUGCACAAAAUAAGGGUACAAACCAAACUGUGUACAUAUGUGGGAGCAAACUCUUAGUGAACUUUCAAGUAAGCCCAAGAAGUCAGAAAGUUUGUAUUGGAAUAACUAAUAUCACAGAGAAGCUUCCUUGAAUUGUUGCCCUAAGAACAUUCGAUUCCAGUUAGUAGUGCUGAGAAGAUACUAUCUUGCACCUUUCCCCUAGCUAUGAAAGCUAGAUACAACUUGUGUGUCAAACUACCUUUUUUUUUUUUUUUUGUAGAAUUAAAA